UCUAGGAAGAAGAGGAAGAAAAACAAGAGGGCGAAGAAGUAGACUGUCGCACCCGGGAAAUUGGAAGAUGUAGCGGAUUAUUCCCGUCCUGAAACCUUCGGAUAGUGAAUCUUUGACCGGCUAAAUCGUCCCCAGAGAGAGACUGAAUGUGGUUUGUACUUCAGUGGAGGAUCUGGAAAACGUUUCUCAUCGCACCUAACCAGGAUGAGUUCCUCCAACCUCCUCUCUACUCCUAACUCCCCACUCCCUCUCCCCCAACCCCUCCCCUACUCUUACCCUCUGACUCGCUGCCCUGAACUCGACCUGUCCGUCACACUCAGCCCCGCUCCAAAGACCAGCCACACACACUUGAUGCACGGUCAUCAAUGUGACAAACCCCAGCCCAGGCCCAAAAAACAAUCCAGAAGAAAGGGCAACACACAGGUGUGUUUUGAAGACCAGAGCAUAGACGUACCCCCUGCCACAACAGCCAAUAAGAGGUGUGUUUCGACAAACAGAGAAGAGACGCCCGCCCCACCUCAACAGCCAAUCAGAGGUCAGAGGAGGAACAGAGGGUGUCCCCAAGGUGAAGCCCCCAGACAACGGGUGAAGCCUCCUUCCACGUUAUCCAAUCAGGAUCCCGGUUACCUGGAGAGGCCGGGGCUCAACACCACUCUUGCUCUGAAGGCGGAGCUUCAGUCACUGAAGGAAGCGGAGUUCAACUCUCAGAAGGCCGUUCAGGAGACUCUAGAGAGGUCAGAGAGGACUAAAAACCUGAUCAACACCAGAGCUACUGAAGAAGUGAAUGUCUCUCGCUCUCAGCGUCUCUUCACCUCACUGGUCUGUGUGGAUGUGAAGGAAGAUCAGCUGAUCAGCCAGGUGCUGCCACAUAGGAUGCUGCAGUCGCCCUGUACUGGCAACAAGGCCGCAGAUGGGCCUUCCCUUCACCUCUUCAUGACCUCUGACCACAUCCGACAGAAGCCUGUCCAACUAGAGGAAGUGCCUGUCAACUACAAGUCCCGCCCCUCUACUUACCCUGCCGGCUCCACCUUUGACCUCUACAAAAGAGGGAGAUGCUGAGGCUGUAGAGCUGUAUUGUAGUAAUUAACUGGAGGUACUGAGGCUCUUAUUGGUCAGACUGUGUUUUAUUUAAUUGAAUAUUUAUUAUAUUUUAAGUUAUUGAUUCCUGUAAAGAGCUACAUUAUGUUUUUUUUUAAUAAAGUCUUUUCACGCACUCUG